AUGGCUUUGCUGGAUAUUCCCAUCUCUGUGAACAAAAGUUCACGUUAUUUGACGGCACCAGGGAAGAACGGCAUUCCCUACAUUUGUAAUGGCAGCGCCCAGUCUUUGAUCUCCUCCACUGAUUUUGUGAAGCAUAAAAGCCGGUGCAUGAAAAUUGCCGCCGCAAUGGCGUCUCCGUCAAUAGACAGAGGAAAGGUCGUUAAAUACCCGGAACAUCCAGCAUGGGAGAGCGUGAAACAGGAGCGUUGGGAGGGUGAGCUUCAAAUUGAAGGCAAAAUUCCAGACUGGUUGAAUGGUACUUACUUACGAAAUGGACCAGGGAUGUAUGACAUAGGCCAAGAUUCUAAGAAUCUUUUUGACGGAUAUUCAACCUUGGUUCGCCUUCACUUUGAGAAUGGGAACGCAUCUGCAACGCAUGCACAAUUACAAUCUGAGGCUUAUAUGGCUGCCAAAAAAUAUAACAAAGUUUGUUAUCGUGAAUUUUCAGAACUUCCAAAGCCAUCAAAUAUCUUGUCAACUAUUGGGAACAUGGUGGGAGUGUUAUCUGGUGAUGCAGUCACAGAUAAUGCUAUUAUAUCAGUUAUUAGGAUGGGUGAUGGGCGAGUUGUGUGUUUGACUGAAACUAUGAAAGGAACUAUCCAAAUUGAUCCCAACUCACUAGAAACAAUUGGUCCUAUUAAAUACACAGAUAAGCUAGGGGGUUUCAACCAAUCAGGACACCCUUUAGUGUUUGAUAGCGAACUUAUUUCAUUGCUCCCAGAUUUCAUUAACCCUGGUUACAAUGUCAUUCGAAUGCCUUCUGGAACUAAUCAAAGAAAUUUAAUUGGAAAGGUGAAGUGUAAAAGUGGUCCUUCUGUAGGAUGGGUGCAUUCAUUUACAGUAACAGAUAAUUUUGUGAUUGUUCCUGAAAUGCCCAUGAAAUAUUCACUAGAGAAUAUGCUAAGUGGGGAUCUCUUACAAUGGCACCAAGAUGCCAAAGCAUUUAUGCACGUAGUUUCCAAAGAAACGGGAGAGACUGUUGCUUCUGUUGAGGUUCCUCAAUUUAUGACUUUCCACUUCAUCAAUGCUUAUGAAGAGAAAGAUAAGGCUACUGGCAAGCCCAUAUCAAUCAUAGUUGAUUGUUGUGAAUAUAAUAGUAGUGUUACAAUCAUGGAAAGACUCUUCUUAGAUGAAUUAAGAUCAUUCUCUGGAGAGGAUUGUCUACCAGAUUCAAGAGUGGGACGCUUUACCAUACCUCUCAAUGGUAGCCCAAGAGGAACAUUGGAUACUGCAGUUCCACCAAAGGUGCAUGGCAAAGGGAUAGACAUGUGCAGUAUUAAUUCAAAAUAUAGAGGAAAGGAGUAUCGUUAUGCAUAUGGAUGUGCAGCAGAGCGCCCUUGUCAUUAUCUCAAUUCUCUUACAAAGAUUGACUUAAAAGAUAAAUCAGCCAAAAAAUGGUAUAGUGAAGGGAGCAUUCCCUCUGAACCCUUCUUUAUAGAACGUCCUGGAGCAGAGUCAGAAGAUGAUGGAGUGGUGAUAUCAAUAGUGAGUGAUAAAGAUGGUGAUGGGUUUGCUGUAGUAUUAGAUGGAUCUACCUUCACUGAGGUUGCUCGUGCAAAGCUUCCUUAUGGACUUCCAUAUGGACUACAUGGUUGUUGGAUUCCUUCUUAA